CAAAUAUGUUGAAAUGUGCCCUCAUGUGCACGUGGCAAGUCAUUGACCCCUGACUUUAGGAUGAACAAAAUCUCCAAGAUAGUCGCUGCAACGACACCUCUUGUUCAUACGACUCUCACUCCCACAAUGCUUUGGGCAUUAGCUCUAUUGCUAGUGCAAAUCUCCAUCUGGCAGUUACAAGUUUCAGCAAAAAGGUGUCAAGAAGUCACUGUCGUCAAGUGGCUCAAUGUCUCUGAAAGCUAUGUGAAGACGCUCUUGAGAAAGCCAAGCGCUUCGAUAUUCGAGGGAAAGAGAAAGCAUUGCCGCGUGCUCUGUCGCGACUACGUUCACGCUCUUUACAACGUACCCAAAUUUGCAAGCGCACCGACAGGCCACGCAGGUCUCGAUGAUCUCAUUGCUGUGGGGCUCGACUUCGUCAAUGCUCAAAAGAACUAUCUCUAUGAACCAGACCACUGCGAUUUCGCCCCUGCCACAGCUUGCUUGAGUUUCUGGGGAUGGGCUCAGAAUGCACAUAAAGCAGACGCAUCUUGCUCUUGUGGCGCCAUCAUCCGGGCAUUACGAAUCAAGAAAGAGGCGAUAAGCUAUAACUGCUCCCGGACAAUGGUGGAGCAACGAUUUGAAGAUCGGUUCAAACCGUAUGGGUUUUAUCUCUUUCCUGCUGCCAACAAUGAUGACGUCGAUUGUCUUGAAAAUGGAUAUGAUGAUGAUGGUCAGAAGUGUGCCUCGCCCGAUACUUGGCAGCGUAACGACCUUUGCAAGGAUAAUGGAGGAGAUAAACAGCUACAACCAAAGUAA